AUGAAUGAAACUGAUAAAGCUAAUUGUAUGCUUCGUGCCAAAUCCAUGGAGUGUAUUAGUUUAGUUGGAAUGGCUGUUGGAAAAGAUAAGUUCAAAGAUGAUGCUAAACAGGUUAUGGAUGUCCUUAUGUUACUUCAAGGUUCCCAAUUGGAGACAAAUGAUCCAACAAUAAGCUACAUGUUACAAGCAUGGGCAAGACUCUGCAAGUGCCUAGGGCAAGAUUUUCUCCCUUACAUGAAUGUUGUGAUGCCACCAUUGCUUCAUUUUAUUCAACUUAAACCAGAUGUUACAAUUACUUAUGCUGAUGAUUCAGAUGAUGAUAUUGACGGUCUGAUGAUGAAAGAUAAGAUAAUAAGGACCAAAACUAGUGUCCUUGACGAGAAAGCCACAACAUGCAACAUGAUAUGUUGCUAUACUGAUGAAUUAAAAGAAGGGUUUUUCCCAUGGAUUGAUCAGGUUGCACCAACAUUAGUACCACUUCUUAAAUUCUAUUUCCAUAAAGAAGUUAGGAAGGCUAUAGUCUCAGAUGACAUAGAAGAUUUUCACUUUGUACUACUAAAGAUGAUGCAUACAAUAGAGGUAGAAGAAGCUUUGAUGUUGAAAACUAUGGCAGAAGAAGUAGAAGCUCUGAUAGAAGGAAGCAAUGUGAAAGCUAAUGAUCAAUCUCAGAAAUCACCAGAAGGGGUACCUCCUACUUAUGAAGAUGUUGUGGCUCCAUUAUUCACAUUGCCGAUUAUAUGA